AUGGACACACCACCUUCCUAUGAAACUAUUACUGGCACUGGCACAAAUAAAACGUCGAAUCGGUUAUGGGAAACAUGGUAUAGAAAGUUGAUUCAGUUGAAUUUCAAUCAGGAUGAAGCUGCAGCAUAUGCGAAAUUAUUUGUUCAAAACGAAGUUAUAAUCGAUAUGAUUCCUGAACUCAAUGAUAGUAUUCUGAAAUCGAUAGGAAUCGAAAAGGCUGGACAUCGAAUCCGAAUCUUACGUUUACAAAAUAAAGCAUCGCUACCAUCACUGUCGCCGCCGCCGCCGUCACUGCAACAAAUCCAAAGUACUGUGCCAGCAGAAAUAAAUGUUCCGCGUUGUUCGUGGCAUCCUAAUGUACCAGCUGCUGAAAAGUGUCGAGAUUGUAAUCGACUAGUAUGUUUAUCUUGUCGGUGA